AUGAAUGAAAUGAUUUGUACUCUGAAGCGCGAGAAACAAGAAAAGGACUUAGUGAUUCGUUCGUUAAAGCAUGACCGACGGCGCCAUAUGGAGGAAGUCAUGCAGCUAAAGGAAGAGUCCUUACUGGCGGCAAUCGGUGAAAAGGACGCACACAUCGCCUUGCUGGAAAGCACGCAGAACGUGAACCCAGGCGAAGUGGAAACAGUUAGACAACAUAAAGAAAAGCUAUUGCAGAAACUGAAAGAGGAAAAUCACCGUCCCGUUUGCUCCAAAAAUUGCUUACCUAACCAAAUUGCUGACCUUACCAUUGUCACGCCACUUCGAACUGUUUAA